UUGAGCAAACCGGGCAAUCAGCAGCCGCAGCUCGCGUCGGCCUUCUCCAGUUCUCCUGCUGGUGCGCGGCGAUGCCGAACGCGGGGCUGCGCGCGUACCGCGAGGUGCUGCGCCUGGUGCGGCGGCUGCCGGCGGAGACGCGGCCCUACUACGCCAAGUACGCCCGCGAGAACUUCGUCAACUACCGCGACCUCUCGGCCGACGACGACCUCGCCGCCCUCCUCCGCCGCGCCUACACCCACUCGUCAUGGGUCCUCUCCAAGUACUCGAUCGACGCGGAGAAGGCGGCGGCGCGGCUCAAGGCUCUCGGCGACGGCCACGGCCACGGCCACGCCGGGCGGUGACGCGCGCAAGGUGUUCGACCAUAUGCCGCUCUACGCCUGAGGCUUCAGUUUAGCGUUGACUUUGUGCUUGGUUUGGCAGGCACUUGAAUUACUCCGUCUUGAAUAAGUUUGUUUGAAGGUUUUGGUUGCUUUUAAGUUCUAUGGCCCGAUGCACACAGAAAUUUGUCUUUGUCUGUCUGCCCCUUCUCAAUUCAAUUCAACUUUGCCCGGCUUCAAGUUGGCAUCUUUAUUUC